AUGGCUAUGCCACCAUCAAUGAACGAACUCCUUAAAUGGAGCGUAGAGAACUCCUCUGCAACCGCCGCCGAUCCUACCGCACCUCCCCCACAAACCAAAGCCCUUCCAGCCGAUGCCAUGAAUGUGCUCUUCGGGGGUCCCAGUGACGCAGACCUCAUGAAAGCUUCCAUAUGGGCCAUUCAAUCUACCGACCCCGAAGUAACUGUCGAGGAUAAAGUCAUCGCAUUCGAUAACUUUGAGCAACUCAUUGAAAACCUUGAUAAUGCCAAUAAUAUCGAGGCGCUUUCAUUAUGGCAACCUUUGUUAGAAUUGUUGGCACAUGAGGAGAAGGAGAUUAGGAAGAUGGCAGCUUGGUGUGUGGGGACUGCGGUGCAGAAUAAUGAGAAGAGUCAGAGGUGUAUGCUGAAUCAAGGGGGAGUACCACAUUUGGUUAAGAUGUGUUUGAAUGAGAAGGAGGCGAAGGAUGUUAGGAGGAAGGCGGUUUACGCAUUGAGUAGUGCUGUGAGGAAUUUUCAAGAUGGGAUGGAUGCUGCGACUGAGGAGUUGGGCAAGUUGGGGAAAAGUGGUGAGAAGAUUGAUGCGGCAGAUAUGGACGCUUGUGAUGUUUUGAUCGAGGGGUUGAGAGAGGAGGCCGCGAAUGGGAUAUGA